CUAGCUUUAAGAUUUCUUCUUCUGAAGCGCUCGAAAACAGAUUUGUUGUAGCUAUCGAGUAUGGUUGAAGGCUGCACUCUGUGAGACUAAUUAAGUGCGCAAAAACAGCUGGGAUUAAUCGGAACAUUAAUUUGGAUCACUCGAUCGUUUUCCAACAAUUAAGCACAAACCUUCCAAAUACAGAAAUACAGAGGGAAAUGGAGAGAGAGAGGGAGCUUCGACAUUUCCUCCACUACGAGCAUCCGUUGAUCUUCAAUGAAGAGCUAGAUAAAGAUCGUCGUGGAAGGAUAUGCAGUGGGUGCAGAAAACAAAUGUGGGGUCCUAAUUACAGUUGCAAAGAGUGCAUCUACAGUCGCAAAGAGUGCAUCUGGUUCAACCUUCACAAAUCAUGUGCAGAACUGCCCCGCGAGUUGGAGCACCCGUUGCACCCCAAACAUCCCCUUCUUCUCAUCUGUAAGUAUUUCUCGGAAAUCAAGUGCGGAGGUUGCAAUAGAGAGGAGCAUCAACGGGGUUUGAUUUACAGUUGUUCUCACUGUAAUUUUAACCUUCAAAGUAAAUGUGCUUCUCUACCGCUAACUGUCCAAGCUGAAAUUCAUCAUCAACACCCAUUGACCCUCGUGCGGAAGUCUCUCUCUUUCACUUGCGACGCCUGUGGGGAAGAAGGCAAAGGUAUGUUUUACUUAUGUGCUAUCUGCCCAUUCUUGGUCCACCUUGAAUGUUCUUCCUGCCCAUUGCUUGUCAAACAUAUCCGUCACGCCCACCCUCUUCACCUCACCAAUUCCCUUCAACAGCCUCAACUCAAUCAUUCUGACCAUCGACUUUGCCUACUCUGUGUUAAGAAGGUGAACACAAACUACAUGGUUUAUUGUUGCUCAACUUGUGAUUUCGUUACCCAUCUUCAUUGUGGUGCAAAUGAGCUACUGUGGGAUAAAUCUAAAGAUACAGAGCCCAUUGAAGAUCCAUAUGUUGUCAAGAAAUCCAAACUGGGAGAGAACAAAGUUGAAAUAGCCGUGGAAAUCAAACAUUUUAAUCAUGAGCAUGACUUAAAGCUUAUUGAUGAGCAACUUGAGAAUGACGAAAAAUGUGACGGGUGUAUGUGGCCUAUCUACCCUCCGUUUUAUACAUGUAGUCCAUGCAGAUUCUUUCUUCACAAAUCUUGUGUUGAAUUAUCUAGAAAAAAGUCACACCCACUUCAUGGACACCCCCUCAUUCUCCUUCCCAAGGCACCUUAUAGUGGUGAGUGUUUUAGUUGCAAUGCUUGUCAGCGCAAGUGUAAUGGCUUCGUCUACCAUUGUGACAAAUGCCAGUUUGACCUUGAUGUCCAGUGUAGUUUGAUGCCUGACAUCUUUAAACAUGAAGGUCAUGAGCACCAACUUAUUCUCGACAGUGCAUCAAAUUCUGAAGAAUGCAGUUCUUGUGAUUCUAAAGGAAUAGUCUUUCGUUGUGCUCAUUGUGUAUUUUCUCUAAAUUUCAAAUGCGCCACACUACCGCGUACCACAAAAUACAGACCGCACGAACAAUCAUUCACACUUUGUUAUAAAGGUGAAGAUGCUUGUGAUGGUGAGUAUUAUUGUGAUAUUUGUGAAGAACCACGAAAUCUAAAAUAUUGGUUCUACUAUUGUGGAGAUCUCGAAUUUCCUGCUCAUCCCGAUUGCAUUCUUGGAGAAAAACCAUUAACCAAGUUUGGGAAGACUUAUAUGUUUGACACGCACGAACAUCCCCUCACUUUUGUUGACAAGAGCAAGGGUGUCCAUCCUCCAUGUAAUAAAUGUGGUCAUUUAUGCAAUGACUGGACUUUUGAAUGUGUCAAAUGUAAUUUCAAUCUUCACCGAUACCCGCAAUGCUUAACAUGAUUGGUGUUUCAGUCUUCAUAGCUGGUGCCUAUUGUAGUUUUUGGUUGAUCUCUUAAAAUCUUCAAGGAAAAUUGUUUGAUUAUUAAUCAGAAAUAUCUUUUCGGUGUCA